AUGAGCGAAGAAAACAAGAACGGAAGAAAGAAAAUACUUGAAGAGCACGAAAAGAUGGAAACCAUGCGCAGAUCCAUCUUGAACCUGAAAGACCUCACUGUAAAGUGCAACUCCUACAUCAAUGACGACAUUUCGUACAUCGACAAAAUGGUCAGCCAGGGGAACGAUGAUGCCUCUGGGAUAAACAGAAUAAUAAGAAAGAUCCAGGAGGUAAAAAAGGACAGUUUUAAUUUUAUUUUGGCCAUCACUGUUCUCAUUCUCUUUUUGCUCUUGUUCUUUGGUCUUCUGUUCAAGUAA